AUGACAGACCAGGUAGGCCGGGCGGACGGCCCAGACCUUACCGGUCCUCUCGAAAAGUCCGGCCCAGGUGAUCUGGAGAAGGCCGACGACAACGCCGGCCAGCCUGACGAGAGCCCGGCGACCAAGGACCUCCCCAGGGUGGCGGAUAGGAUCCCCAACGCGGCCUGGCUGGUCAUGCUGCUCACCAUGGCCGAACGUUUCUCCUUCUACGGCAUGACGACGCCCUUUAUGAACUACAUGCAGAACGGCCGUGGCGACCCGCUACGCCCCGGCGCUCUGGGCUGGGGCCAGUCGAGGGCCUCGCAGGUCUCCAACGUCUUCAACAUCAUCUCGUGGCUGACGCCCAUGGCCUCCGGCAUCGUCGCCGACAAGGGGCUCGGCCGCUACCGGACGUUGUGCGUCACCUUCGUCGUCUACCUCGCCGGUACCGUCCUGCUGUUCGUGUCCAGCCUCGACUCCCUGGCCCGCUACUCCGCUGGCCUGUUCAUCGCCUCCCUGGUCCUCAUCGCCCUGGGCAUGUCGGGCGCCAACGGCCUCAUGGCCGCCUUCGUCGGCGACCAGUACACCACCGAGGACGGCGCCGUCGUCACCACCCGCAGCGGCGAGCGCGUCGUCGUCGACCGCGCCCUGACCCUCGAGUCCAUCUACAACUACUACUACUGGUGCAUCAACGUCGGCGGCCUGUCCGGCCUGGCCACGACGGCCCUCGAGCUGCACGUCGGCUUCUGGGCCGCCUACCUGCUCCCGCUCUGCGCCCUCUCCGUGUCGGCCGCCGUGCUCGUCCUCGGACGCGGCCGCCUGGUCCUCGCACCCACGCAGUCCUCGGCCCUCCCGGACGCCCGUCGCGCACUCUGGCUGGCCGUCCGCGGCGGCUUCUCCCUCGACAAGGCCAGGCCCGCGCACCAGCAGCUCCAACACUCGCGCAAGGUGCCCUGGACCGACGACUUCGUCGACGAGCUCCAGACGGCCAUGGUGGCCUGCCGCAUGAUCUUCGCCGUCUGGCCCGUCCUCCACCUCUGCCGCGGCCAGAUCAACAACAACCUCAUCUCCCAGGCCGCCCAGAUGGACACCUCGAGCAUCCCCAACGACAUGAUGUACAACGCCAACCCCGUCAUCAUCAUCAUCCUCAUGCCCCUCGUCGACCGCUUCCUCUUCCCCUGGCUGCGCCGUUCCGGGUUCCCCCUGACGGCCACGACCCGCCUCACCGCCGGCUUCGCCCUCGAGGCCCUCGCCAUGGCCAUGGCCGCCGUCGUGCAGAAGCUCGUCUACAUCUCGCCCCCCUGCUACGACGCGCCCCUGCGCUGCGCCGCGUCCAAUGCCGGCGCCAUCCCGAAUGCCGUCUCCGUCUUCGUGCAGCUGCCGGUAUACCUGCUCGAGGCCAUGUCCGAGAUCCUGUCCUCGCCGGCCGGCUGGGAGUUGGCCUUCAGCAUGGCGCCCGGCAGCAUGAAGAGCGUGAUGCAGUCCGUCUUCAUGACCACCGGAGCCGUUGGUGCCGGCCUGAGCAUUGCCAUCAGUCCCCUGUACAAAGACCCUGAGAUGCUUUAUGUCUGGGCUUCUUUGGCUAUCGUCAUGGCAAUAGCGACUGGAAUAUUUUAUGCUGUCUGGGGCAGGAAGGUUCGUUGA